GUCUGUAUCAAGUUUUUUUUUUGAUUGGCAUUUAUCGGACCAAUCAGGCAGCUUGGAGUAGAUAUAAAAAGCGGAUUCAGGUGAGUGGACAGUAUCACACUGCAGCCAUGAAGUCCCUGAUCUUCGUUCUGCUCAUCGGAGCCGCCUUUGCCACUGAGGACGACAAGAUCGUCGGAGGGUAUGAGUGCACUCCUCACUCCCAGGCCCAUCAGGUGUCUCUGAACUCUGGUUACCACUUCUGUGGCGGCUCCCUGGUCAACGAGAACUGGGUUGUGUCCGCUGCUCACUGCUCCAAGUCUCGCAUUGAGGUGCGUUUGGGAGAGCACCACAUCAGGAACACCGAGGGCACCGAGCAGUUCAUCAAAGCUUCCCUUGUCAUCGAGCACCCCGACUUCAGCCGCUACACCCUUCAGAAUGAUGUCAUGCUCCUCAAACUGAGCACGCCUGCCACCCUCAACAGUUACGUGUGGCCUGUGGCUCUGCCCACCAGCUGUGCUCCCGCUGGCACCAUGUGCAAAGUCUCCGGCUGGGGCAACACCAUGAGCUCCACCGCUGACAGCGACAGGCUGCAGUGUCUGGACAUCCCCAUCCUGUCUGAUGAGGAUUGUGAACGCUCCUACCCUGGCAUGAUUGACUACACCAUGUUCUGUGCCGGAUACCUGGAGGGCGGCAAGGACUCCUGCCAGGGUGACUCUGGUGGCCCCGUUGUGUGCAACGGUGAGCUGCAGGGCGUUGUGUCCUGGGGCUACGGAUGUGCUGAGAAGAACUACCCUGGUGUCUACUCCAAGGUGUGUGUGCAGACUGACUGGCUGCUUGAGACAAUGGCCAGCUAUUAACUCCACACCCAGCCUCCACAUCAGACACACAUUGGCUGUCUGAAUAGCAUCUUGUCUUUGCUGGAGUCAAAUGAAAGAAAUAAAGUGUCUUAAAUUA